GGCAGGACCAGGGCAGGCAGCAAAACAGGAGCAAAGCCCAAGGCAAACGAGACGAUGGUGUCGCUGUUUGGCAAGAAGAAGGAGGGCAGGACGCUGCGUCCGCGCGUGCGGCGCGCCACCCCGCUCAUGGACGUGGGGCUCGCGGUCAUCCUGGGCGCCGUCACGGGCGUGUACAUCUUCAAGGACACGCUGCAGCGCUGGCAGAUCUCCGAGGGCGAGUACGUGGCCGCCGAGGUCAGCAAGGCCACCCAGGCGCAGCAGAACGCCCAAGCCGCGGCAGCGCAAGAUUCAGCUAGGAGUUAGGAGCUGCGGCUGCGACCUCGUGGGAUGCAGGCGGGCGCGAGCGUGGCAAAAGCCUUGCUGUUGGGUGGAGAUCAGAGCUCGAAGUGGCUGGCCACCUCGGGACCAUCGACUGAAAGCAAGCGUACUACGCUGCGAUGCUGCAAGUAUUGCACGAGAGGAGCAUAAAUAUAUAGGAGGUUGAAAACGCAGUG